CUUCGAUUACCAGAUCAAUUUGCAUUUAUGCUAUACGGGGUAAUGGAAGAGGUUUUAAUUCUGCAUCACUUCGUAUAGUUAAACUGAGGAUUAGAACACAGAAUUGAAAUCAAAUCGAAACGUGAAUGUUACAGGGGAACAGACCAUGGAAGGAGACCAGAUACUUGCGUUGACUGUUCUGAUGUUUAUUACUAGUGGAGACUUCAGCAUUGUCAAUUAUAUGACACAAGCUCAGCCUUAUGCUGGUUGCGAGUGUAGCUGUGAUUACCCAAACUUCACAGCUAGUAACGCAGCCGAGAGCAAGCACAGAGCUGAAGUGGAUGCCCAGAAAAUUGAAAGAGACCUGGCAGUUGAUACGACGAAACUAUCAAUUGAACAUUGGAAGAAGGCAAGCGUCCCUGACAACAGGCCGACUGCUAAAGGAAUCGGCUGCGUUGGAGUUGUUACCCUUGUUUGUGUGUGUUUGGUGAUUGUCAUCUCAGACCUACCACGUUUUGCUAAGAUGUUGAGUUUCUCCUGGAAAGCUUUAUUCAAAUUAAAACAUUCUUAACGAG